AGAUAAGAAGUUAUGUCUGCGGUAUUAGUUUCCUUGGGUUUGUUUGGAGUACUCUGUGCCAUUUUUCGCCUCCUUCAUUUAUCCAUCUACGCAGGAGAACCGAAACUUGUCUAUAAGGAGGGGUCACAGUUUAUUAAAUCCAUUCUGGACCUUUGCCUGAUCUUUAAAGAAGUAUAUCUACCUCCUCUGAUAUGGGGUAAGAGUGGACAUCUACAGACCUUUAUCUACGCCAAACUGGGAAGAGUUCAGUCCCCCUAUCCUAAGGGUGAGCGAUGCAGUGUUCUGAUGCCAGAUGGCGCCACUAUGACAUACGAUGUGUUUGAACCGCACAAGGCUCAUUCAAGCAAUGGUGACUACACUAUGGUACUAUGUCCAGGAAUCGCUAACAGCAGUGAGACCUCCUACAUUUGUACGUUUGUCCAUUACGCUCAGGAGAGGGGAUAUAGGGUGGCAGUCCUAAACCACCUAGGCGCACUUUCCAGUACACCUCUAACUAGCUCAAGGAUGUUUACAUAUGGUGGUACAGAGGAGUAUGGUGCGAUGGUAGAAGAGGUGAUGAGGACCUACCCUGACACCAAGUUGUUGGGAGUUGGUUUCAGUAUGGGGGGAAAUGUGGUAGUGAAAUAUGUAGGAGAAGACAACUCCAGACAGGAAGACUUUCUGUGUGUUAUGUCCCUUUGUCAAGGUUAUGAUGCUGAGCAAGCGAUAGAAUUGGCCAAGGAUUGGGUUCAUUUAAGAAGAAUGUAUGGAUACGUGAUGACAUCAAACCAGAAGAAGAUGUUACGGCGACAUUACGACAUGUUACUGGGUAAAGAUGUCCAGGAGAAAUAUGACAUAGAUCCAGAGCAAGUGUUAGCUUCUACCUCACUAUAUGAACUGGACGAGGCGUAUAGUCGGAGGAGGGCGGGGUUUAAGAGUGUAGAGGAAUAUCACCGGACACACAGCUGUAGAGGAUACAUGGAUCAGAUAACACUACCAAUGUUUCUUCUGAAUGCAGAAGAUGACCCACUUGUUCCCCCACCUCUGGUAGACAUAGGAAAGGAAUACGCAAAAUCUCAUCCCUACAGUUUACUUGUGGAAACAAGGCACGGUGGCCAUCUUGGAUUUUUUGAGAGCGGUAUUUUGACCCCAGACCCCAUAACCUGGUUAGAUCGGUCAGCCUUACAAUAUGCUGAGGCUAUAGUAACUCUGUAUUCUACAAAUAAGCUACCACACAUCAAAUCCAAGUUAGCAUAAUCACAACUAAUACAUGUAUGUUAGAUAUUUUGUAAUUGUAGCUGUCUG